ACCUAGCUAUAUGGCGUGGUUUGGCGAACGCCAUACCUAAGCUGCCGUGCAAAUACGUAUAUGUACUACUAUACUAGUGUAUUAGCCUGGCGUAUUUUUCAGGUAGUAGGGCGUGCGCGUGCCUCCUAUUGGGCUUGGUUACUGCCGAUUGAAUGACGGGCCGUGCCCAUGGGCUGAAGGACACAGACGCACGACUGCUAGGCAGACUACGACUCUACGAGACGAGAAUACGAGUCGUUCGUUGCUACUUUCUCGCAAGACGGAGGCGGCGCGGCGGCGCUUUAGAGGCUAGGGCACGGCCGCACGGACGCAUGGCAGCGGGCAGCCGGCAAUCAAUCACCGGACACCGUGGGCACGAAGGCGGCGACAGGCAAGACGGCGACAGGCUCCGAGAUCAGCAAGGCGGCGGCCGCGACUCGUCGAGUCCGCAGGGUUUGCAGAUGACACCGCCGAAGAAGAGGAUUAAGUAUGUAAUGAAAGAUUUAAAGAGUAUUUUUGCCAAAGCCAGUGGCACUAGCACCUCGAGCCCAGCUCCAACUUUGGAAGUAGUCACUGAACGACAAGAAGAGCCUGCGCAUCAAGAGAAUGUGCGGAUUGAAGUUUCAGCAUCUGUUCAAGAGGAAGAGGAUGAAGGCGAAAAUUAUAUUGAGAAUGAACCAAUAGCUAGAGACGGGGGAGAGGGCAAGUUCAUUGAGGAGUUGCAUCCUGACCACAUCCAGCCUGAUCCCGGGCUUCGUAUUCCAAUUAAUAAUUUUCAUCCCAACAUUAGAGAUGAAGUUAGAUUGGCUUAUGUGGCAAAGGGUCCAACUCGACCGGUCGGUCAUACGUACGAACGUGAUCAUUUUGACAGGGCCUUUUGUGAAGCAUGGUAUGAAAAAAAUCCUUGGUUGGAAUAUAGCGUGGAAAAGAAUGCAGUCUAUUGCUUUUAUUGUUUUCUUUUCAGACAAGAUCCGGUGGAUGAAAAAUUUGGUCAUACUACCUUCACCAAAGAUGGCUACAGUACUUGGAAGAAUGCAUACAAGGCAUUUCCUCUUCAUGUUGGUGGCCCCAGGAGUAUCCACAAUCAAUCAAGGACAGCAUAUGAAGAUUUUAAAAAUCAAAGCUCAAGUCUGAAGCGUAAGGUUACAGUCUAUAACAAAGAAUCAUUAAUCAAGUACGAGACCCGUUUGGAAACAUCUUUGGGGAUUGUAAGUUUUCUUGCAUUGCAAGGUGAACCAUUUCGUGGACACAAUGAAUCUGCCCUUUCCUUAAAUAAAGGUAAUUUUCUAGAGAUGCUUGAUUGGUACAAAGCAAGAAAGGAGGAAGUGAGAAUUGCGUUUGAUGAGCUAUGCCCAGGAAAUGCACAAAUGAUUUCUUCAAAAAUUCAAAAAGCACUUGCCAAAAGUUGUGCAGAUGGGGUCCGAAGAGCAAUAAAACAAGAGAUGGGGGAUAAUCUUUUUUCGGUUCUUAUUGAUGAAUCUCGUGAUAUAUCAGUAAAAGAACAAAUGGCCUUGGUUGUGAGGUAUAUGAGCAAGGGAGAAGUUAUUGAAAGAUUUUUGGGUAUCAAGCAUGUCAAGGAGACAACAGCAGAAGCACUAAAGAAAGCAUUGGUUGAGGUUCUUGGUAAGAAUGGGCUGCUUAUUGCAAAUUUACGAGGGCAAGGGUAUGAUGGAGCAUCUAAUAUGAGGGGAGAAUUCAAUAGUGUUCAAAAACUUGUCCGAGAUGAAAACCCAUAUGCUUUCUAUAUGCAUUGUUUCGCCCACCGAUUGCAGCUAGUAGUUGUUGCUGUCUCAAGAUGCUGUUCUUCCAUUGAGGAUUUCUUUGAAUAUGUGGCCUUGAUUGUGAACGCCGCUGGUUCGUCUUGCAAGAGGAAGGAUAUAUUGCUUGAUAAGCAACGCAUAAAUCUGUUGGCUAAGUUAGAGAGUGGAGAAAUUUUCUCAGGAAGAGGGAAAAACCAAGAAACAUCAUUGGCUAGACCAGGAGAUACAAGAUGGGGCUCUCAUUAUAAAACACUAGUUCGUAUAGAAUCGAUGUGGGAUGCAGUUAUACAAGUGUUAGCUAUUGUGCAUGAGGAUGAGCGUAAUCCAUCUAGGGCAGGAGGUUUGGUGCAGAUAAUGGAGUCUUUUAGCUUUGUGUUCAUCAUGAAGUUGAUGUUGCAAAUCCUUCGCAUUACAAAUCAGUUGUCACUUCUCCUCCAACGGAAGGAUCAGAAUAUUGUUCAAGCCAUGUCUUUGGUUACAGAUGUGAGGUCUUCCUUGGACAACUUGAGGAACCAUGGUUGGGAACCACUCUUUGAAGAUGUCAAGAUCUUUUGUAAUGUUAAUGAUAUUCCGGUUCCAAAUAUGGAUGAAGCUGUACCGAGAUUCGGCCGAUCAAGAAAAGGAGGGAGAAAUAAUGUUACUCAAGAACAUUUUUUUCGUGUUGAUACCUUCUAUGCAGCGAUAGAUGCUAUCACCACAGAGCUGGAUCAUCGCUUUAAUGGCAUGGCUUCAGAACUGCUAUGUGGAUUUGCUUGUCUUGACCCAAGAGACUCAUUUUCCAAGUUUGAUUUGGACAAAGUUGCUAAGCUUACAGACAUCUAUGAUGCAGAUUUCUCCAGUGAUGACCGUAAGCGUAUGAAAACCGAGCUCCAGUUGUUCAUCAACCACAUGAAAAGACAUGAUGACUUUAGAGUUUGUUAUGAUCUUGCAAGCCUAGCCAAGAAAAUGUUUGAACUUGAAAGAAAUAUUAUGUUCCCUCUGGUUUAUCGCCUUAUUGAGUUGGGGUUGCUUCUACCGGUGGCAACGGCAUCGGUUGAAAGGGCCUUCUCAGCAAUGAAGAUCAUCAAGACUGAUUUGCGCAGCAAGAUGUCCGAUGGUUGGCUUGAUGACUUAAUGGUGUGCUACAUCGAGAGAGAGAUAUUUAAAGGACUUGAUCUUGCUGAAAUUAAGAAAGAAUUUCAACAUGAAGGUAGAAGAAUGCCAUUGCCACGUUCUAUUUAA